CUGACGACAACGAUGUCUUAUCCAAUCAUCAAUUUGUUUCCUCCUAAGUCUAGUUUUCCAGAUUUUACAGCGAACAAGACGGCAAAAAGUUUGUUAUUAAUUUGUGAGAGAAAAUUGUCAGAGAUGAAGGAGAAAAAUACAUCAGAAAGCGUAUCGGAAGAAGGAAAAGGUGCACAAGCAUCAGGCGAUGUUCCAGAUAAGGAACUGAAUAUUCCUAAGGAAGAAAUUGUAGUUGAUGACCUAUCAGCAGCCGUAACAAACCUCAAAUUAACAAGAAAUGAGGCUCAGGAAGGGGAUGAAGACGACGACGGUGUAGUGAAAAGUUGUGACCUCACAGAAAGAGGUCCCAACAAUGGCAUUGCUAAGCCCCAAAUGGGUUUCCCCAUGAAAAAUGCUGGGUUGCCACUAUAUCAACCCAGUGGAGAGAUUUUCCAAUGUAAUUACAUGUACCAGCAGCAAUCCCCCGGACAGCAUUUUGGGAAGCGCCCAGCCUACGACGAUGAAGAGGAGCCUUCCAAGUACACCAGACCAAAUAUUCCUAUGAACGACUACAAUGUGAGGCAACAGCAAAUGCAGCGGCCCAACAAUUUUCAGGGUUUCAUCGACAACAGCUUCCCCAACAACCUGAAUCAAGGCAUUCAGAGGAAUAUUCCAACAUCGGUUCCAUUUAACACCGCAAUGAAUGGACAGGAAUUCGUUACCAAAGAUAUCAAGAUGACCAAAGGCAUGGCAGGUGGUAGGGUAACGGUUCAAUCACCCCUCUCGGAAAGUUUCCCUCCAUACCCAGUUGACUUCGAUGUUGAUGACUAUCUUGGGGGUGUUGAUAGUGUUGACGCGUUCCAGAAUACCGGUACAUUGUUUAGCAAUGUUCCAGAAAUGACAAAUCAGUCAUCCAUUCCAACCAACCUUCCCGAGUUUAACAACUUCAAUGCUUCAAGUUUUAGUGACUACAGACGAAGGUCUGACAAUUCAGACAGUGGUGUAGACUCCCAGUCAGAGAGCGCAGGAAGCCCUUGGUCAGAUGUAACAUCAAGUCCUGGUAGCUACGCGUCACCCCCAUCUGUGGACAGCGGUUGUGGCCAGAGUCCCCAGCACGAAAGUCAACACAUAAUUGGGGUGUCACCCAAAUAUCAUGGUGCGCCAUCACCUGGUUACCACAGAACAACACCAUCCCCAGCUUCUUCAGGUUAUGGAGCAAGCAGCGAUGAUAGUAAUUCUAUGUUUGCACUGAAUGAAGAAGAACUUCUGUUAACUGAAGGCAUAAUCAUGAAUAUGGAACAAGAAGAACGGGAGAAAAAGAAGAUGAUGCAAGCUGUAAGCAGACAGCAGCCUGGCAUACUGCCAGGGACCUUCUUACCCCAUUCAGCCAUGGGAGUGCCCCCUAUGGUGCAGCCCCCUAAGUUCAUGACACCACCAGUCAGCACAAUUGCAAGCCCGCAAAACCAAGCCUUCUCUAUGCCGCCUAACACAGGUAGUCCACAAUACAUCAUCAUCACACCGGUACAAAUUGCACCUGCACCAAAAAUACAGCAAACAAAAGCCAAACCGAGAGCCAUACUUCCCAAGAUUGCAAGCCAGCCUCAAAGCACAGGAACAACCUCAAGCAGCACUACAGUCACCUCUGCUGGGAGUCCACAAACUAAACCACGUUCCACUGCAGGACGACCUCCAGUAAAUAGAAACAAUCCACAAGGGAAGGAUCCAAGCCGCUUGCUGAUGAUGGCGCGUCGCACAGUGGCGGAUAUGCCUCGCGAAUCGCUCAUGAAGUCGGACGAGGAAGGGGACACAACUCUGCACAUCCUAGUGCUAAAGCAGGACGCCCACUUGGUGCAGGCCAUGCUUGAGCGGCUCCACCGAGAGAACCUGACGUACCUCGUUGACCACGAGAACAACAAGCGUCAGACACCCCUCUACCUCGCCGUGUGCACAAACCAACCCAAGAUGGUGGCCAUGUUUGUGAAGUUUCAGGCAAACGUCAAUGUUCUUGCACAGAACAUCUCUGUUGAUGGGACAACAAUGGAGGUGAAGGGUGCGAUACACGUAGGAGCCUCGUGUGGUCUUGAGUACCAUCGAACACUGGGAGAGCUCCUCAAGUCAAAGGACAUCAACAUCAAUCUCGUCAACAGCUAUGGCCAGACAGCCCUGCACUGUGCCAUCCUUGCACAUGGACGCAUGAAGCGAGACAGCAUGGAGCGUCUGGACAGCAAGCUGGUCAUUGAGACCCUUAUAAAGGCUGGGGCUGACCCCUCCGCACAGGACAAGAAGAGUGGCCGCACGCCGCUGAUGUAUGCAAUAGAGCAGAAGAGCGUGGAGCUAGUCGAGACUGUUCUGAAGUGCGUCCCUAAGGACCGCGUGAGAAACGUUGUGCGCAUGCAGGCGAUGGAUGGGAGCACCUGUCUCAAGAUCGCAGAAGGGCUGAAAGGCAGUUUUGACAUGGAGAUCUGGAACCGUCUCUGGAACAUGCUGCAGAGCGCCUCCAACGGGUCAGCCGCGCGAUACCAGUCUCCCAUCCCGCAGGAGAUCUACAACUUCCAGGUGGCGACAUCAACAUCUUGCCAUUUUGUUGGCUGAUAAUGUAAAGUUGCAAAGUCUGGAGACUCAAUGGGAUCACUUUGACAGGAUGGCCUGUUUGCUAACCAGUUUGCGUUUUUGAAGUGGUAAAAACAUUCUUUAAAUUAUCACCAAAAUUAUCGGUAGCUUGAAUCAAACUUAAUAUUAAGUUGCAAAUUUGGAAGGUGGUUUUAUGAAUGUCUGUUGAUUGGUGUUUGCUAUGCGAAGAGUAUUGAAAUGUCUGGAGGCUUCAUAAUAACAUAAUGCAAUUCUAGGACCUUUUUAACCAGUUUGUGUUUUUGGAGUGGUAUGUUGUUGAAAUUUACACCAAAAAUUAUGGGUAUCUUGAAUCAAACUACUAAGUGCUCAUGAAGGUCAUUAAUCUGUUGUUAUUUGUGUUAUUGAUGAUGUUGUUUGGUGCAUACAUUGCAAUUACACGAUAAAGACUCGUAUUUAAAUGAAUGUACAUUGUUAUGUACAAAAUGCUUGGUAUAACACAUGUAUAAACAUCAAAAUUUUAUGUCAGUGGUGUAAAAUAUCACUGAUCUUGUAUUAUUGCAUAACGCAAUUUGUAUGCGAGUAUGUGUAUGUUUUUUGAAUUUUGUAUUAAAAAUAUUUAUAUGAUUAGUAAAACACAACUUGUUAUUCUAGUUUAAAGAAAGUAUUACUAUACAUUUGUAAUUAUUUUGAACUUAAAUAUUAUUUUGACAACCACUACUUGGUAAUUGUAGUUAUCUAUUAACAAUGUCAUGCCUAAUGUAAUGAGGAAAAAUACUAUGGUCCAAACAUGUGUUAAUAAAAUUUCAAAACAAGUAGAACAGCUGGUUUGAUAUACGGUUAAAAAUUUACAAUUAUUAAGUUUUGUACAUUACACAGUUGUUCUAGUCUAACAUGUUUAUGGAUUAUGAUUUUCAUAUAAUGAAUGUCUCAUUGAUUUUGAUUUGUCUCGAGCCAUUGUGUAACAUUUAAAAUAAAGCAUGCACAGUUAAUCAGAAAUUAAUUAGUUAAGCAUACUUUGAUUAGUCUUUUAAUUCAAGUGCCAUAUAUUUUUUCAAACUAACGUAUAAGCUUGGUGUUUAGUGAUUGGUCAUUACUUGUUUUCUUCAGUCAUUAUGCCCCUAUCUCUGAUUCCAGAAAGGUUUUUUGGAUUAUGACUUGAUCAUUUCAACUACUAGGUCAAUGGCAAUCUUUAAUACUGCUUAGGUUGUAUUUACUUCUGAGUACCAAAUAUACCAUGAUGUGUAAUGUUGUAAGCGGACAAAAGAUGCUAAUUUUAUUAUUUUGUUAACAUUAUUCAAUGAGGAAGACAAUGUAGCAGUUUUCUCCAUGUAUUGUAUAUCUCUACACUGUUGUUAAAAACACAUGAGGGUAUUAUUUCAAAUUAAUGCAAAAAAAAAGAACUAGGGCUUAACUGUGAUUACCUGGUAAAACAAUAUUAGUGCUCAACAUUGUAAUUGCAUUUUAUAUGUUUUUCAUACACAAAGAUUGUCAUUGUAUAUAUAAAUCAUUGUAUUUAACGAUAAAUUCAUUGUACAUAUGAAAAAUACAUUCUUAAAUGAUUUUGGUUUUAUUAUUUAUGUUUUUUCAGUCACAAGCUUUUGUUGCUGAUUUUUUUUUGUUAUGCAUUGUUUCUAUUAUGUUUACAAAGUUUAAAGAAAAUUGGAAAGAUAAUUUUUAAAUAUUGUUUUAAAUUAAUUAUUUUAUAAAAAAAAUACAGUUUAAAAAUACAAUAUAUUUUAAACCACAUACGCACAGAUAGUCUUUACAAUUACUAUCUAUAAUAUUUUACAAUUAAUCUCACCAGUGUAUAUAAACAUGUAUUUCAUGUAGAUUUGUCAUAUUAUUAUUGUUUGUGUUUUCAAUGUGGCCACGAAGUGCUUGUUAUAUAUACAUGUUCAUGUCAUGUAAUGUACUCUAGUAUAAUGACUGAGAAAUGGUUUAUUCAUAUCAUCAUUGUUUUUAUCAUUUUUAACAGUUAAGUUUUAUUCAAAGAACUGUCCCGAACUGGAAGCUUCUAUAUUAAAUUAUUAUGGAAAUAAUAUCUAUAUCAUUGAUAAUGCCUUCAUACGGUAAAUAUGUUCAGUACAGUAGUUGUUGUAAUGCAGCUCUUUUCAUCUGAUACAUGCUAGGAAGUGUUGACCUAUGACCCAAAACAAAUUUUUUUUAUGUUAUUUGAAUGUUAUUUCCUUAUAUAUUUUCUUUUAAAAACACAGUGUAUGAUUUCAAAGUAUUGUUGGUAGAUAGUAUUGUUUUCUGUUAGAUUACUGAAUAAAUGAACAGUUUAGAAGCA